GCCUUUUAUCAACGAGAGGUGUAACUGAUAACUCCUCUGUGGCUCACAGGUAUCUCAUACCUUCUUCAUAAACUCAUUCGUUUUCUGGCAAUUUGUGACUAAAGUUGCCUUUUUCGCGGGCAAUUCUUUUUAAUCGACAAUUAAUUAUAUAUAUUUUUUAAAGUGGAUAAUAAUUAUUUUUCUCAGUUUUUUAUUCUUCUAACGGUUUUUUUAAACAUUUUCUUAACGAUUUUUUGCCACGAAAUACAAGGAGAGGCAUUUCCUCUAUUUUAUUGGUGAAAAAGUUUGCGCUUCUCUGCAGAUAACGUCUUCACAUCAGUCUCUCCCCUCAGAGCUAAAAAAAAAUGAGUGGUGCUGAAAAUCGUGCCUUUGAACUGGAAGAGGCACGUCUAGAAGUUGUUGAUAACGGAAAGAAAGUCAAUGGAAACGAUGAUGAGGAGGAUGCACCCAUUGCUGUUGCUUCAACUAGUUCCAUACCGCCGAAAAAGACAACAUUCCUGGACAAAAUUUGGGAAUUCCUGGGAAAGAAUAAGCAAAUAAUUGUAACAAUAGUUCUUGUUCUUUUAAAUAUUGGCGUUUUCAUCUAUUUUGGCUUUGCAACACAUUUCUUUGUAGAAUACACAUGUUCCUCAGGCGGGAAUUGUGACAUGGGCUGGUGCCAUGGGUAUGGAUUCCUCAUAAUUCUCAUGGUACUCAUCUACGUGGGCCUUAUUUACUUCCAAAUCAUCAAACGCUUCUGGGGACGGCAGAUUGCCAAAAGUGCCAUUGAGCCCUUUACGAAAUUCAUAAGGAAACUCUUCAGUUCUCGCUUUGUACGCGUGGGUGCUGUGCUCAUAGUUUUAGCGGCAUUUGUGGUUUAUUUGGUGUUUGAGACAACAGAUAACCGGAAUCGCCUAAGAGGAUUGGUGGGAAUUGCUGUGAUUCUUGGUUUUGGAUUUAUCUUCUCCAAGCAUCCGUCGUACGUAAACUGGCGUCCAGUGAUUAUGGGAACGAUUCUUCAGUUCCUUUUGGGUCUCUUCUGUAUUCGAUGGGAUGUAGGUCGGAGUAUCUUUGACUGCAUUGGGCAAAAAGUUACAACAUUCCUCAACUAUGCUAAUGAUGGUGCUCAAUUUGUUUAUGGGGAAUUUCUCAUUUCCGAAGGAGUUUUUGCAUUUUUCGUUCUAACUGUGAUCUUCUUCUUCAGUUUUAUGAUUUCCGUUCUCUACUAUUUGGGUGUAAUGCAAUUUGUUGUGAUUAAAUUGGGAUGGAUUCUUCAGGUGUGCUUGGGUACAACGGUUUGUGAGAGUGUCAAUGCAGCUGGAAAUAUUUUCCUUGGUCAAACGGAAUCGCCACUCCUGAUUAGGCCGUAUUUGAAGAAAUUGACUAACUCAGAAAUGCAUUCAAUUAUGACAUCAGGAUUUGCAACGGUCGCUGGAUCCGUUUUAGCAGCAUACAUUUCAUUUGGUGCAAAUCCAGCAUACCUCAUAACAGCCACAGUUAUGGCAGCACCUGGAAGUUUAUGCUACUCCAAACUCUUCUAUCCGGAAACGGAGAAAAGUGCAACGAGUUCAGAUAAUAUUGAAAUGGAAAAAACAACGGAUUCAUCAAUUCUCGAUGCUGCCACAAAUGGUGCUGUAACCGCCAUUUCCCUUGUCUUGGGUAUUAUUGCCAAUUUAAUUGCCUUCGUGUCCUUUGUGGCAUUCCUCAAUGGUGUUUUGGGAUUCUUUGGUCAUCUCGUGGGGGCUGAUGAUAUUUCUCUGGAAGUUAUCUUUGGAAAAAUCUUCCUACCCAUUGCAUGGAUUAUUGGUGUGCCGAAUGAGGAUUGUGACAGAAUUGGACAAAUUAUUGGGAUUAAGACUGUUGUAAAUGAAUUUGUGGCCUACAAGGCGCUAGGGGAUGCCAUACGUGAGGGUCAAGAGAACCCAGCUGUUGCCCUUAAUCCACGAAGUAUUGCCAUUUGUACCUUUGCCAUUUGUGGCUUUGCCAAUCCAAGCUCUCUGGGCAUCAUGAUCGGUGGUUUGGGUGCCAUGGCACCGGAAAAGAGGUCAGCAAUUACAGCUGUAGCCAUUCGAGGUUUCAUUGCGGGGACAUGUGUGUGCUUCAUUACAGCCAGUAUUGCUGGUAUUCUUAUGGCUGACAAUAUGUUUGCCGAUUUUGAUAUUGGUAAUUCAACACGAAGAGUUUUUAUGUAAGUGCCAUUGAUUUUUUUUUUAGAUUUUAAUGAACAAAUUGUAAAGCAAUUAAAUAAAAUUUAGUUAUAUUUUAAUAUAU